AUGCCCGCCUUGGCUGCUGGCCAUGGUACUUCUGUGGAGCACCUGCAAGAUGUGCCCGUGUUUGCUGUGCAUGCUGGCUUCCUGGGGGACAGCACGCUGCGCGAGGGGGCCGUCUCCGCCUUCUUCCUCAUCUUCCUCUCCGAGCUGGGCGACAAGACCUUCUUCCUGGCCCUGCUCCUGGCCCUGCAGCUCCCCCGGGGCCUGGUUUUUGCCGGCACCUGGGGCGCCCUGGCCAUCAUGACCCUGCUCUCCGUGGGCCUGGGCCGGGCCCUGCACGUCGCGCAGGUGGUGGUGCCCAGCCUGCCCGGCGGCAUCCCGCUGGACGACGGGCUGGCGGUGGUGCUGCUGGCCGCCUUUGGCGUGCAGGCGCUGCUCAGCGUGCCGGAUGCCGACGAGGCGGUGGAGGACGAGCGGGCGGGGGCGGAGGGCCUGGUGGGAGGGCUGCUGGCCAAGAGCGGCAACGGCAUAGGGGGCUCGCUGGGCCUGGUGGCGUCCUGCUUCGCGCUGGUAUUUGCCGCAGAGUGGGGCGACAAGUCCUUCCUGGCCACCAUCGCCCUUUCGGCGGCCUCCGAUCCCCUGGGCCCCUACAUCACCGACGUGGCGUCGAGCUACUCCCCCGACAUGCUGCUGGGGGGCCGGCGGGGCGCGUCCGCCGUCGCGCAGCAGCGGCCGCCGGUUGCCGCGCACUGA